AUGCCAGCUUUCCAAGGUGGCAUUUUUGGGGGCUCAAACCCCUUCCGUCCUGGCGGUGGUCGCACAGGUGGCGGUGGAGGCCGACCGAGCCAGCCUCAACCGAACCCAUAUGAUGACUACAACAAUUCACCUCCCAUGAUGGGUGGCAUGCGCAGUCCUGGACCCAUGUACGGCGGCGGAAUGGGCGGUCCCAUGACAGGCGGCCAGACACACUCCUACUCCACAUACCAAGACUCCGACGGCAACAGACACGAAGAAGGUUACGGUCCAGGCGGUCCAUUCAGCAAUUCUGUUCGCGGAGGAAUGGGCAUGGGACAAGGCCCACCACUACAAGGACGCCCAACCCCAGGAAGUCUUCUAGGCGGCCGAAACACCGGACCAGGCGCUUUCUCUUCUGGUUUCUGGAGCGGUCCCAACCCCUUCCGCAGUAAUGGAGCCAACGGCGCACCCAAUGGGCGCAGCGGACCCAACACCGGUCCCCGCGACCCUUCCUUCAGAAUGGAAGUCGAGCCAGCACCUAUGCCCCCAUCCAACGGUCUCACAGCGGAAAACUCCGAUCUCAUAGCCGACUUCCUGGCAGAGCAAACACAGCCCCUGGGCGGACCCAUCACACCCCCAAAUGCAGAAUGUCCGAUUUGUCUGGAGCCGCCCAGCGCGUCGCAUUUGGCGGAGUUUCUGGCCGAGGAUGGGAUUUGGCAGGAUUCGGAGCAGUUUCAGGAGUUGGGACGGGGAGGUCCGCCUGGGUAUGGGGGUGGUGCUCCUAUUGGGUAUGGAGGUGGGAUGUCGCCGAGACCUGCUGGAUAUGGUGGUGGUGGACCUCCUCAGGCUCCUCCUGGUUUUGGUCGUGGUGCUCCUCAGAUGUCUCCACAGGCGCCCCGUCCGACACCUCGUCCAGCACCACCCAGUUAUGCCAGUGCAGCUGCUUCACCCGCUCCCCCAGGUCCCCCAAGCUACAUGGCAGCACCUCGUCCACCUCCAACACCUCGUGCUGCUCCUGGACCUAGUCCCCACGCCGCUCCUCCAGGUCUUCGCAACGCGAUGCGCGGUGGAGCCAGGGUACACGGCAUGGGUGAUGUUGGUAGAGGACGGGGUAACGAGCAAGACGACGACGGUGGCAUGCAAGGUGGUCCACCAAUGAUGAACCAGGACAGGUGGCCACCUGAGCCACGUGAACCCGAGAGCAACUUUGGUGGCCGUGGUCAACAGCUUGGCUACAUGGACGAACGGCAGCUUUGGUAG